GACAGAGUAUCAAAUAGCACCACGUCUGUUUCUCUCCGUUUCUGCCCUUCUUUUUAUAAGAGGUUUUAGGGUUUUUGCUUUUCUCUCAUUCCGGAGCAAACGCCCCCAGGAAAGCAGCUCUUCUCUGGAAAUGGCUCCAAAACGAGGAGGAAAAGCUCCUGUACCUGCAAAGAAGAAACCGGAGAAGGUUGUAAAUCCCUUGUUUGAGAAGCGCCCAAAGCAGUUUGGGAUUGGAGGGGCAUUGCCACCAAAGAGGGACUUGCACCGUUUUGUGAAGUGGCCGAAGGUUGUCCGGAUCCAACGGCAGAGGAGGAUCCUCAAGCAGCGGUUGAAGGUCCCACCAGCCUUGAACCAGUUCACGAAAACGUUGGACAAAAAUCUUGCAACAAGCCUCUUUAAGAUGCUUCUCAAGUACAGGCCUGAAGACAAAGCUGCAAAGAAGGAGCGUCUGCUGAAGAGGGCUCAGGCCGAGGCUGAGGGGAAGACUGCUGAGGUCAAGAAGCCUAUUGUUGUUAAGUAUGGACUCAAUCAUGUUACAUACCUUAUCGAACAGAACAAGGCCCAAUUGGUAGUUAUCGCCCAUGAUGUGGACCCAAUCGAACUGGUCGUUUGGUUGCCUGCCUUGUGCCGGAAGAUGGAGAUUCCUUACUGCAUUGUGAAGGGAAAAGCACGGUUGGGAGCGAUUGUUCACAAGAAAACUGCAGCCGCAUUGUGUCUGACCACUGUGAAAAACGAGGACAAGCUGGAAUUCAGCAAGAUCUUAGAGGCUAUCAAGGCAAACUUCAAUGACAAGUACGACGAGUACAGGAAGAAAUGGGGAGGUGGGAUCAUGGGUUCUAAAUCCCAAGCCAAAACCAAAGCCAAGGAGAGGCUGCUGGCCAAGGAAGCUGCCCAGAGGAUGAACUAGGUGUAGUCUCUCUCUCUCUCUCUCUCUCUCUCUCUCUCUCUCUCUCUAUUCCCCUAGGAUUUUGUUUCAAGAUUUCUUUUUGUAGCUGUCAUCUUGAGUUUGCCUUAGCCACCUUUUGUUUUUUAUCAUAUGGGAUAAUAUAUUUUUGCUUGUUCAAAACAUUCUUAGACUCUAGGAUAAGGAAAGUUAUCACUACCAAUCUAUUAUGGUAUUUUUGUUUCUCUUAAAAAGAGUUUACAAUG